UACAGCGAGGCAUGGAAGUGAGUUUUUUAAAGCAGCUCACAUAAACGACACUGUCAGCAUGAAGUCCUUAUUAACAAGUAAAGAUUUUGAUCCUGCCAUUCGAGGGAAUUUAGAAGAAACAAUACUGCAUACAGCAUUGUUAAAUGGCAAUAAAGAAAUUGCGGAAUUCAUUCUGGACAUGAUGCCAUCACUGAUCAAUGAACCGAUGACAUCUGAUAUGUACAGAGGUGAGACACCCAUGCACAUUGCUGUUCUGAAACAAGAUGUGGAAAUGGUUAAAGAACUUCUGAAAAGAGGUGCUGAUGUGAUGAAUGCUCGGGCAACGGGAUCCUGCUUUGUCCCUGGAGAAGAAUGUCAGUGUUACUAUGGUGAAUAUUUGUUGUCAUUUGCAGCAUGCAUUGGCAAUGAAGAGAUUGUCAGAACUCUUAUUAAGCAUUGCGCGCCAUUAGAGGCACAAGAUUCCUUAGGUAAUACAGUGCUUCAUGUGUUAGUUCUACAACCAGAAAAAGAACAGGCAUAUUCCAUGUAUGAUCUUAUCACAUCACUUGUGUCUGAGAAACAUCAUCAAUUUGUAGAAAACAUUGUGAACAAUGAUGGCUACACUCCAUUGAAGCUUGCAGCAGCUGAAGGUGACUUUGUAAUGUUCAACUAUUUGGUGCAAAAACAAAAGAAGAUAUACUGGACAAUGGGGACAAUUUCUUACUGUGUCUAUGAUCUCACCAACAUUGAUACAUGGGGUGAUCAAAAAUCAGUUCUGGACAUCAUAACAACAAGCAGGAAUAGUGAGGUUCGCAAACUUGUUGAUGCUAAACCAGUGAAGGAGUUAUUACAUCAAAAGUGGAAUUCCUUUGGAUAUAAGUAUUUCCUGAUAUGGAUGUUCUCCUAUAUUAUGUACAUUAUUAUAUUCACCGUUGCUAGUCUUUAUCGGCCCUUGAAGCCAAUUCCACCCGGGUUAUCUGACAACCUUACCAUUAGAACACAAAAGACUUUGGCAGAAUCCUAUCAAACAAAGGAAGAUUAUCUGAGACUUGUGGGUGAACUAAUAACCAUCAUUGGAGCACUGGUGAUACUCAUCAGUGAGAUCCCUUAUCUGUACAGGAUUGGUCCAAGAAAUUAUUUAGGAAAUACCUCAAUAGGAGGGCCUUUUCCAUUGCUCUUGGUUUGUUACUCCCUAUUGAUUUCUGUGGCCGUUAUCAUGAGAAUCCUCGGUAAUGUUGAAGAAGCAGUUCCAAUUUCUUUGGCUCUGAUCAUUGGGUGGUGUAACACCAUCUAUUUUGCGAGAGGUUUUAAAAUGCUUGGACAGUUUUCCAUUAUGAUUCAAAAGAUAAUUUUUGGUGAUUUUAUGCAAUGGUGCUGCCUGGUACUUAUCUGUAUCACUGGAUUUACCUCUGCUUUUUAUGUUAUGUUUCAGACUCUGGAUUUGAGAAAUUAUCCGUAUUUCAGGGACUUUUCAAUGACCAUGUACACCACAGUUGAGCUAAUGAUGGGCUUAAUUGAUCUUCCAGUUCCGUAUGAUAGGCCUACUCCCAGUAUUAUAUAUACUGGCUAUGUUCUAUACAUGAUCUUUGUGUACCUUUUGCUGUUAAAUUUGUUGAUUGCAAUGAUGGAUGACACAUAUUGGAGAAUUGCAUAUGAAAGAGAGGAACUUUGGAAAGUGCAGAUCGCUGCCACCAUACUGCUUCUAGAACGACGUGUGCCAGUAUUUCUGAAGAUCCGCUCCGGAGUUCCAGGAAGAUCUUUGGGUUUUGAUGAUGACAAGUGGUAUAUUGGGGUUGAGGAAAUUCUUACUGAAACAGUGGGAACAAAAGUGCAAGUCCCAGCAUUGAAUGCACAGAAGUAUUCACACCAUCUGGGUUGGGACGCAAUUCGAAAAAAUCUUGCAAAAAUCAUAAGCAUGAGAGAUUCUUCUGAGUCUACCUCUUUUUAG